CUCUCGGUGACCUCCCGAGCACCGGAACACAGGGCGCAGACACAGUCCUAGUUUUAAACCGGCUUCCCACGUGUGAGUAGCAUCGGCAAGUUUUUCGAGAAAAAUGCCCAAAUUGAAGGUGGCCCGCGGGGCCCGGAAUCAGGAGAAGCAUGCACCUCUGGCCGAGCAGAUUCUGGCUGGGAAUGCAGUGCGCGCGGGGACCCGAGACAAGCGGCGGGGACGCGGGGUUGAAGAGGAGGAAGAGUAUGUUAGACCCCGGCUGAGCAGACGCAUUUUGCAGCAAGCCAGGCAACAGCAGGAGGAGCUGGAGACUGAACACGGGACUGCAGACCAGCCUGCAAAGCCACGGGAACGCGCCACGCGGCUGGGUCUGGGAGUGCCCCAGGAUGGAACCGACGAUGAGAAUGAGGAAUGGCCCCCCCUGGAAAAGGCAGCCAAAAUGACCGGAGUGGACCACCAAGCAGAGGUGGUUGUGGACCCUGAAGAUGAAUGGGCCAUUGAAAUAUUCAUGAAUAAGAACCCUCCUAUGAGGCGCACACUGGCUGACAUCAUCAUGGAGAAGCUGACAGAGAAAGGACUGAGGCAGAACCAGUGGGCUCAGGGUCUAGUCACUAAAUUCUGGCCGCGCAUGAAAACGCAGGGACGGGGCCAGGACCUCAACCGUGGGUGCUGAUGGCUCUGCCUCCUCCAUCUCCAGGUGUUAUCCAAGGGCCGAAGUGGGAAACUGCCCAAGGCUUUUAAGAUCAUCCCUGCACUGUCCAACUGGGAGCAAAUCCUCUAUGUCACUGAGCCUGAGGCCUGGACUGCAGCUGCUAUGUAUCAAGCCACCAGGAUUUUUGCCUCUAAUCUGAGAGAACGGAUGGCUCAGCGCUUCUACAACCUUGUCCUGCUUCCCCGAGUACGAGAUGACAUCGCAGAGUACAAACGACUCAACUUUCACCUCUACAUGGCACUCAAGAAAGCCCUCUUCAAACCUGGAGCCUGGUUCAAAGGAAUCCUGAUCCCAUUGUGCGAGUCUGGCACAUGUACCCUCCGAGAAGCCAUCAUCGUGGGCAGCAUCAUCACCAAGUGCUCCAUCCCUGUGUUGCACUCCAGUGCGGCCAUGCUGAAGAUUGCCGAGAUGGAAUACAGUGGCGCUAACAGCAUUUUCCUGCGCCUGCUGUUAGAUAAGAAGUAUGCGUUGCCAUACCGGGUGCUAGACGCCCUGGUCUUCCAUUUUCUGGGCUUCCGGACGGAGAAGCGCCAGCUGCCUGUGCUCUGGCACCAGUGCCUCCUGACAUUGGCACAACGCUACAAGGCCGACUUGGCCACGGACCAGAAGGAGGCCCUCCUGGAACUGCUUCGACUGCAGCCCCACCCACAGUUGUCUCCGGAAAUCAGACGUGAGCUCCAGAGUGCAGUCCCCAGAGAUAUAGAAGAUGCGAAGGCUUACGACAGCAUCUGUGUGUGGCUCUAG